CAGCGAAUGGUGACAUGGAGUCUGAAAUCAACUGCUCUGACUUGUGUGACAGUUUUCCUGGCCAGCAGUUGGAGAGGAGACCCCUUCACGAUCUCUGUGGGACAACAAUUACGUCUACACACCCUAGCAGUAGGAGCAGCCCUUCAUUGUCUCCCGUCCUCUUGGGUAUUGUUUGGACUUUUCUCAGCUGUGGCCUUCUUCUGGUGCUCUUUUUUCUCGCCUUCACCAUUCGCUGCAGAAACAACAGGAUUGUGAAGAUGUCCAGCCCCAAUCUGAAUAUUGUGACCUUACUGGGCAGUUGUCUGACUUACAGCAGUGCUUACCUGUUUGGGAUUCAGGAUGUUUCAGUGGGGACCUCAAUGGAAACUCUCAUUCAGGUACGACUGUCCAUGCUGUGCAUCGGCACCUCCCUUGUGUUUGGCCCCAUACUGGGGAAGAGCUGGCGACUCUAUAAGGUGUUUACUCAGAGGGUUCCGGACAAGAGAGUGAUCAUCAAAGACCUGCAGUUGCUGGGGCUGGUGACAGCCCUGGUGAUGGCUGAUGUGAUCCUGCUCGUGACCUGGGUGCUGACUGAUCCCAUCCAGUGCCUGCAGAUCCUUGGUGUCAGUGUGACGGUGACAGGGAGAGACGUGUCCUGCUCUUUGACCAACACACACUUCUGUGCUUCCCGGUACUCUGAUGUCUGGAUCACUCUUGUUUUGGGAUGCAAGGGUCUGCUGUUGCUGUGUGGUGCCUACCUGGCCGGCCUGACUGACCAUGUCAGCUCACCCCCUGUGAAUCAGUCCUUAACUCUCAUGGUAGGGGUCAACCUCCUGCUGCUGGCUGCUGGGCUGCUUUUGGUGGUCACCAGAUACUUGCAGUCCUGGCCCAACCUGGUCUUUGGACUCACGUCUGGAGGCAUCUUUGUUUGCACAACCACAGUCAACUGCUUCAUCUUCGUUCCCCAGCUGAAGCGAUGGAAGGCAUUUGAAGAGGAAAACCAAACAAUCAGAUGCAUGGCCAAGUAUUUCAGCACUCCCAGCAAAAGCACCCAUGCGCAGUAUGGCGAGGAGAACUGCCACCUGAGGGGCGAGAAGAGCUCCAUGGAGAGGCUUCUCACAGAGAAAAAUGCCAUGAUCGAGAGCCUGCAGGAACAAGUCAACAAUGCCAAAGAGAAGCUGGUGAGGCUGAUGUCAGCAGAGUGCCCCUAUGAGCCCCCACCGUCCGCUGUCCUCCCUGCCUCCUCCCAGAGCAAGGACCACCUGGAGUUGGCCUCUGCCCACGGCCUGACAGCUCAGCGGCCUUUGGAAGCCCCCCCUGACUCUCCAAAUGAUGGUGGUGGUGCUGCCCAGGGCUCCCAGGACAUCCCAGGUCCUUUGCUACAUGGGCAGUGCCUCCAGAAGCCUUCAGGGAACACCAGCCCCUCCACGAGGCAGAAGAAGAUGUGUGACAUGAAAGACUUCUCUGACCCUUUAGACUUGGUUUGCAGCAAGAGUCCGGAAAGAGGAGACCAGGGACUGGUGGCCCCUAGCCAGGGUGCCAUGCCAGGUGGAGGGGGCUCCCGUCCCCAGAGCCCAAUGCAGCUGGAGAACUUGGAAGGAUCUCCGAGGCGCCUGCCCAGAGUCAACUCUGUGAUCAGGGAGAAGCUGCAGGAAGUCUUAGAAGACCUGGGUGUCAGCCCUGAGGCGCCCCUCCUAAGCUCCCUGGCUCAUCCCCAGCAGCCCUCAAAGAACAGCGUGGCCUCCAAUCCCCAGAAGACAGCUGUCCACAGGGAGCUGGGCUUCAGCCCCUACCUGGUGAGGAGGCGACGAGCUCGUGCCCACCUUCCAGGCUCAGUGCCCUCAUAUGCUGGGCGUCGGGCAAAUCGGACUCUUUCUGGGACACAUGGUGGGCUGAAGGUGCAGAAUGCAGGUAGCCCCAGGCUGGCCCCCCAAACUGCUGACUCCAGGAUCCCAAGACCCUCCCCCAUGAAACCGUUACUCCUCCCAGACCCUCGAGUCAGGUUGGGCCUCUUGGAGGGCAGCAAACCAUGCCAGACAGAAACCCUAGGGGCGGAAGAGAGCAGUGUUGCCCUCCAGGGGCAGGCGCCAGGUCCUGCAGCACCACACCCCCACAGAGCCUCCACUGCCCUCCCAGAGCAGCGGCCCCUGUGGCCUCCGCCAGCCCAGGGCUGCCCCUCCCUGGUUUCUCAGUGCCCCUACCUUGACACGGAAUCCAGCAGCUCUGAUGAGUUCUUCUGCCGCUGCCACCGGCCCUACUGUGAAAUCUGCUUCCAGAGCUCUUUGGACUCCAGUGACAGUGACACCUCCGACUCUGACCCUGAACUUGCUCAGGGGCUGGCCUCCUGGGAAAAGCUGUGGGCCCGCUCCAAGCCUAUCGUGAACUUCAAAGAUGACUUGAAACCCACGCUGGUAUGA